GGGUGGCGCAUCAGGCCAAAACACAACAUGACAUGACAAAACACAACAUAAACAUUAGUUGAGGGCUGCUACUUCACUUUUUAAAUGACAAUAUACUGGCCGGACUACAGUUGUCAGUGAUUUGAGUAUUUGAAAUGAACAUUGUCUAGUGGCAUAUCAGGGUCAUUUUAUGAUUAAUUGAAAUACAUGUCUUACAUAUGGUUCCUUUAACUAUGGAUAGUCGAACGGCAUGUUGUCCAUUAUCCCUUACAUAUCAAUAAGUUGGCACAUGUGUUUACAGAAUAAUAUCAAAUAAUUAUGUUUUGUUGUUUCAAUCAUUAGGUAUCAAAGACGGAAACAAAAUGGACAGUUUAAAUCUGCCGCAAUGAUGAAUGCAAUAGAGCAUUCAAGACAGAAGAGGAAAUGGAAGGAGAACUCUUACAAGUACUACACAGUAAAGAAGCGUUUGAAAGCAGUAGUCAAUCUAACCCCCCCUUCUUUUGAAGAACCAGAGCCAUCCAGGCCUGUAUCUGAAAGUCCCGGGCCUUCUUUUGAAGAACCAGGAUCCUCCAGGCCUGUAUCUGAAACUCCACCUUCUUUAGAAGAACAAGAACCGUCCAGGCCUAUAAUUGACUUAACUCCUAGACCAUCAAUAAGCCUGGACCUCCCACCUCCUCGUUUGGCAUCUACCCCCAAAUCAGUGAGACGAAGCACAAUAGCUACAUUGCGUGCAAAAUUGAAAGAGACAGAGAUUAAGCUGAAGAAAAAGGAUCGGGAUUUCAGCAAUUUACGUAGGAAAAUGCAAAGAAUGAAGAACGGAAACAAAAGGAGGGAGCAGCAAACAGUGACCGUGGUAAAGCAGAAAGUUCAAAAAAGAGUGCCCUUACAAAACAAUGCAAGAAAGCAAACUGAAACCAUGGUCAAGAGGUUUCUUCACUGUGAUGAUAACACCACUUUGAUCAAUGGAAAAUCGGGUGAGAUUCGCCAAAAGGGACAGAUAUAUAGGAAAAGGGCCCUUACAAACACAAUGGCCCAUCUCCAUCAAAAAUUUCUUCUUGAAAAUCCAAACCAGAAGAUCUCAUUCUCACAGUUUUGUAAACUGCGUCCUUUUUGGAUCACAACACCAAAGGCUUCCCAAAGAGAAACCUGUGCCUGCAAAGUGCAUGAAAAUUUCAGCUUUAAAAUCAAGAGGCUUCACCAGCUUGGCAUCAUUACCACAUCAUCUCCUACAGAUGUAGUUGCUAGUACUGUCUGUGAUCAAAGCAACAAACUGUGUAUGUAUGGGCAGUGCAUGACCUGCAAGGACAAAACAUUUGAUACAAAUCUUGAUCCCUCCACAAAGCAGAAUAUAGUGAAUUGGGAGGAAUGGAUGACUAGGACCACUCCAAUUAAAAGAAAAAACAAAGAUGGCUCUGUAUCCGAGGUUGAGAUGAGGACCACAGUCCUUGACAAAAGGUGUGGUAGCAAUGAGAAGUUGGUUGAGCUCGUCUGUCAAGACCUACCCAGCUUUAAAAUCCAUAUCUACAAUAUAGGACACCAAUUUGAAAAAAUGAACACACUAAAGAAGAACCUGUCAAAUAAUGAAACAGUCAUUCAUAUUGACUACAGUGAGAACUACAGUUGUAAAUACAGUAGAGAAGUGAAGGAUACACACUAUUCUGGGGGCCACCAACAAAUCUCCAUGCACACGGGUGUGAGGUAUUUGAGUCGUGGAAGAGUAGAAUGCUUUUGCACCAUAUCAUCUUGUCUCAGACAUGAUGCUACUGCAACAUGGGCUCACUUAGAGCCAAUCCUAAAAAAGAUGAGGAGGGAGUGUCCUGAGGUGACAGUCGUCCACUUCUUGUCAGAUGGCCCAACAUCCCAAUAUCGAAAUAAAACAAACUUCUAUCUUGCGUCGACAAUCCCAUUCAUGAUGGGAUUCCAACAUGUGACUUGGAAUUUCAGUGAGGCGUCACAUGGGAAAGGUGCUCCCGACGGAGUGGGAGGAGCCCUGAAAAACCUUGCCGACCGCAUUGUUGCCUAUGGCACCAAUAUUCCAGAUGUAGAUACAUUACACCAACAGCUGGAUGCCCAGUCCUCGGAGCAUAUCCUCAAAAUAACAGAGGAUGACAUAAACAGAAGCAGCGAGUUGGUUCCACCAACCCUGAAGGCAUUACCUGGAACCAUGAAAAUCCAUCAGCUGAUGUCAUCCAGUCCAGGGGAGGUGAAGACCAGGGAGCUUUCCUGUUUUUGUGAUGGAGCUUGUGAAUGUUACGGUCUAAGGGAAUUUAGCUUCAGGGGAAAGGAAAACGUGCCAGAAAAGAAAGUUGUUGGAGACACCAUUGAAGUUGCACAAAAUGAAAUAAGUGAAGACACCAUUGAAGUGGGGACAUGGGUCUUGGUGCAGUAUGAUGGGGAUUUAUUCCCAGGCACUGUCACUCAGGUGUGUAAAAUCUGAACCCAGCAAAGGAAGGUAUUGUUAUAUUAGUCCAGCACAAUGUAAUUUAUUAAAAUGCACUCUUUUAUGCUUUCUCCAGAUUUCAAAUGGCCAAUAUGAAGUUGACACAAUGACU